ACGCUAUAAUCUAAAACAAAAUGGCUGAGGAAGAACCUCCAAGCUUCCUGUGAUUGCUCUUGUUUUUAUUUGGUCUUAGUCGUGCUACGCGUUAAUUCAUUAGUGUAAUAAAGUGUAGACAGAUAAACAAUUUAUAAUUAAAAAUUUCAAUGAUUUUGCUACUAAGUUCUGCUGAUUAAUAAGUAAUACGUGACCGUGUUAAUGUAUUCAAUUCAUCGCAUGGAGGCAGAAUGACGCAGUUUUUACCACCAAAUUUACUCGCGCUAUUUGCGGCAAGGGAUCCCAUCCCAUACUUGCCGCCAGCCGCAAAAUUACCACACGAAAAAAAACAGAAAGGUUACGAUGGAGUCGGCGCUUUUCUUAAUGUAUUUGAGAACCCAUCGGAAACCCCUCCACCAACUCGUGUUGAGACACGUGAGGAGCGCAUCGAAAGACGUCGUCGUGAAAGAGCAGAGCAGACAGCUUAUAAAUUGGAGCAGGAGAUAGCAUUGUGGGACCCCAGUAUCAAUACUAAGGCCACUGGUGAUCCUUUCAAGACCCUGUUUGUGGCUAGAGUUAACUAUGACACAUCAGAAUCAAAACUUAGGAGAGAGUUUGAAGGUUAUGGGCCAAUUAAAAAGAUCAGCCUUGUAUUCAAUAAAGAAGAUGGUAAGCCACGUGGUUAUGCCUUCAUCGAGUAUGAACAUGAACGUGACAUGCACUCGGCCUACAAACACGCGGACGGAAAGAAGAUAGAUGGAAAACGGGUUCUUGUGGAUGUGGAGAGAGCUCGUACCGUUAAAGGAUGGCUUCCGAGAAGACUUGGUGGGGGACUUGGCGGAACAAGACGCGGUGGCAAUGACGUGAAUAUAAAGCACUCGGGAAGGGAGGACAACGAGAGAGAGAGGGAGAGAUACCGACUGGAACAGCGCGACAGAGACAGGGAGAGAGACGAGCGGGUCAAUAGAGAGCGGGAACGUCCUGUCCGUCGUAGAACAAGAUCUCGUUCUCGUCGAAGAUCUACGUCUCGUACUCGACGACGGGAAAGAGAAAAGAGAGAGGAAGAACCACCGGCUGAGAGACGCCGUCGCCGUUCUCGCUCUCGUUCCGAACGGCGUCGCGAACGCCGCGACCGGGACAAAGACAAAGACAAGGACAAGGAUAAAGAUAAGGACAGGAGGAGAAGGAGAGACAGGGACAGGAAGGAGACGAAAGUCAAGCCGGAGGAUAUUAAGAUCAAGGAGGAGCCUCAGGAUGAUUAUCCAGAGUUCUCGCUGCCACCUCUGGACAUGCAGAUCAAGCAGGAGCCUGAAGACGAGAAUAAAUAUAAUCCUGAAGAUGCCAACGGAGACGAUUAUUAUUAGGCUAAUUACACAAACCUCUUUUUCCUAAGGUCACUAUCACGGUAAAAGUCAUCAAACAUACAAUGCACCUGGUCCACAAGAGAUAUUAGGGAUUGGUCAAUGUACCUUGAACAAGGUCACUGACCUCUCCCCGGAUGGAUAUUAAUAUAUAAAUAAAUAAUCAAAUCAAAAUCUUGUCUUCACUGUCAAACUUUAUGGAGAAAAUGGUUUGAUGGCUUUCGAUCACAAGAUUUAAGCUUGAUUGUUCUAGAAUACAGGCUUUUGAUGACUUUUUAAUUACGUUUCGCUUAGAUUGUCGUGCUUAGGAGACUACACAGCAAUACUGUUCACUUUACAAUUCCUAUCUUUAUCCUUAGAGAGAAUUUUUUCUAAUUUAUGUUUCGCGUCACUAGAUGGCGCUUACCUUAACUUGCUGUGUUCAAAUUGUUUUUAAAUUUAACUUGGUUUUUAGAAAACCAUACAAUGAAAAUUCAUACAAUUGUAUUGAAUAAUUUUGUGUGUAUGGUAAAGUUUUAUGAAUUUAAAGUAAACCCUUGUACUUCCAGUCAAAUGAACUAAUAAUAAACCUCAAGCAAUACAAUGAUUGUAAUAUAAUAAAUGGAAAAUUUUAAGUGUU